AUGGCGACUAUGGACAAGGUUUUUGCUGGUUAUGACAAACGGCAGGCCACUCUUGAAGACAGCGACAACAAGUUUGCUCACGGAAUUGCAUGGGUCGAGGGAGAGCUUGUUCCCCUCCACGAAGCCCGAAUCCCUCUACUCGAUGAGGGUUUCAUGCACGGCGAUUUGACCUACGAUGUCCCUUCUGUCUGGGAUGGACGCUUCUUCCGCCUUGACGACCAUCUCGACCGCAUUGAAGCCAGCUGCAAGAAGAUGCGACUUCAGUUCCCGAUUCCACGCGAAAAGAUUAAGAAAACCUUGGUCGAAAUGGUAGCCAAGAGUGAGAUCAGGGAUGCGUUUGUCGAACUGAUUGUCACUCGUGGUCUGAAGGGAGUCCGUGGCCAUCGGCCUGAUGAGAUCCUCAACAACAACCUGUACAUGUUUGUGCAACCCUUCGUAUGGGUCAUGAAACCUGAUGACCAGUACCAAGGCGGUCGUGCCAUUGUUGCACGAACAGUUCGACGAACCCCUCCUGGCUCAUUCGAUCCCACAAUCAAAAACCUACAGUGGGGUGAUCUUACCAGAGGCCUCUUUGAGGCGAAUGAUCGUGGUGCCACAUAUCCCUUCUUGACAGAUGGAGAUACCAACCUGACCGAAGGUUCGGGUUUCAAUAUCGUUCUAAUCAAGGAUGGUGUACUCUACACACCCGACCGAGGAGUGCUGGAGGGAAUCACCAGAAAGAGUGUGAUUGAUGCUGCUAAAUCAUGCGGCUAUGAAACUCGGGUUGAAAAUGUCCUGAUUGAGGCGACUUACGAAGCUGAUGAGAUUUUUAUGUGCACGACUGCUGGAGGGAUAAUGCCCAUCACCACUCUUGAUGAUAAGCCAGUGGGAGAUGGAAAGGUCGGUCCUAUCACCAAGAAGGUUUGGGAUCGCUACUGGGCUAUGCACUGGGAGGAUGAAUUUAGCUUCAAGAUUGAUUACUAG